AAAGGGCUAUUGCAAGACAUGAAGUCAGAGAAAUAGAACAACGUCAUACAGUAGAUGGUCCUCGACAAGAUGUGACACUGGAUGAAGAAGAUGAUGUGGUGAUUAUUUACAACAGAGUACCUAAGACUGCCAGCACAUCCUUCACAAAUAUUGCCUAUGAUCUUUGUGCAAAGAACAAAUAUCAUGUUCUACAUAUCAAUACAACCAAAAAUAAUCCUGUUAUGUCUCUGCAAGAUCAGGUCCGAUUUGUGAAGAAUGUGACUUCCUGGAAGGAAAUGAAACCAGGAUUUUACCAUGGACAUAUCUCAUAUUUGGACUUUGCAAAAUUUGGUGUUAAAAAGAAGCCAAUUUACAUAAAUGUCAUAAGAGAUCCUAUAGAACGACUAGUUUCUUAUUAUUACUUUCUGCGCUUUGGAGAUGAUUACAGACCAGGGCUACGGAGACGAAAACAGGGCGAUAAAAAGACCUUUGAUGAAUGUGUGGCAGCUGGAGGUUCAGACUGUGCUCCAGAGAAACUUUGGCUUCAAAUUCCAUUCUUCUGUGGCCACAGCUCCGAAUGCUGGAAUGUGGGAAGCAGAUGGGCUUUGGAACAAGCCAAAUACAAUCUGAUUAAUGAAUACUUCCUAGUGGGAGUUACCGAAGAGCUUGAAGACUUUAUCAUGUUAUUGGAGGCAGCUUUGCCCCGGUUCUUCAGGGGUGCCACAGAACUGUACCGUACAGGAAAGAAGUCUCAUCUUAGGAAAACAACUGAGAAAAAACUUCCCACAAAAGAAACUAUUGCCAAGCUACAACAGUCUGAAAUCUGGAAAAUGGAGAAUGAGUUCUAUGAAUUUGCACUGGAGCAAUUUCAGUUUGUCAGAGCACAUGCAGUUCGGGAAAAAGAUGGAGAAUUGUAUAUUCUGUCUCAAAACUUUUUCUAUGAAAAGAUUUACCCUAAAUCAAACUAAGAACACUAUACUGUUAGAUUUAUGGACCUAAAUCUUUGGUCACAUCAUCAUCUUAGUCCUCAGCCAUGGAAACUAGAUUGCUUGUAGACCUCAAAGACAUUUCUUUAUAGAUCUGAGUAAAGUGGGCUGUGGAUCACCUCCAGGGCGUUGGACACUGGCUAACUAUGUUGGUAAUCCAGAAGCAAAGGCUUCAUUUCUUUUAUCUAAUUAAUACUUUAUUUGGGAGUUAAUAUCCUUUACCUGAAGAAAUCUACACUUUAAUUCGGAGCAAUUAAUACACACCAAUUCUAGCUGAAAAUAUAAACAAACAAAAAAAAGCUUCUGUUGAUGCUCUUUUUUUAAUUUUCAGGGCAAUUUAUUUUCAUUUCUACUUCUGUGAAAAGGAAAUAAUUUUUCCCAGCUUUCAACAUGGAAAUUUUGGUUGUAUACAAUAUGAGUAGUGUUAAUAACUGGUACAUCUGUGCUUUGUUUUUGUGAAUCAUGUCACAUGAUAUUACUUGGGAUGGUUAAUCAUGGUCUGCUGAGAAAUGCUGCUGCUGCUGGAAUUGCCCAUAUUUAUAUAUAUGGUUUUAUUAAAAAACUACAAAUAAUCA